CUCGCAAGGAUUUUUUUUUGUUGUUUCUAUAUUCUUUUAUUAUUUGUUGUUUUAUUAUUUCUUUCUUCUUUAAUAAGUCGCUUGUUUUGCCUUGCUUGACUUGUAAUUCAAAAUCAAGUUGGCAAUUUUGGAAGAUUUGGGAUGAAAUCUGGUCGGAUCUUGCUUUGUGGGACGUAGAUUUUGGUGGGUCUUUAUUUCAAUACAAAGCUCUCUUCUUCAUUUCUCCUCCUCCUCACGAAUCCGACUACCAAAGGAGAAAGUAACAGAGAGACAAAACAGUUCCCAGUUCCUGCAAAUCCUCCUGCUUCUUAACAGCUUCCACAAUACUCUCUUCUGCUCCUGUGGCUUUGGCUUUGAUCUUGGGUCUUUAAUUGGUGCAAUGGGCAUGUCUACCGAGUCGCAGUUUCAUGUUUUGGCUGUUGAUGACAGCAUCAUAGAUAGAAAGCUUAUUGAGAGGCUCCUCAAGACCUCAUCAUAUCAAGUUACUACGGUUGAUUCUGGUACCAAGGCUCUAGAAUUUCUGGGUUUGCAUGAAGAUGACCAAAGCAACCCAGAAACACCUUCUGUUUCUCCAAACAAUCAUCAGGAAGUGGAAGUGAAUCUUAUUAUUACAGACUACUGUAUGCCUGGCAUGACAGGCUAUGAUUUGCUCAGGAAAAUCAAGGAGUCUUCAUCCCUGAGAGACAUACCAGUGGUGAUUAUGUCAUCCGAGAAUGUGCCGUCAAGGAUCAGCAGAUGCUUGGAAGAAGGAGCAGAAGAAUUUUUCUUGAAGCCAGUUCGACUAUCAGAUGUGAAUAGGCUUAGGCCUCAUAUGAUGAAAACAAAGUUGAAGGAUCCCAAACAAGAGAAUGAAGAAAACAAAGAAGAAUCGGGAAAGCCAGAGUCUCGAUCACAAGAAGAAAAAGAAGAGCAGCAACAACACCACCACCAGCAGCAACUCCACCACCUCCCGCAACAACAACAUUCCAACAGUAACAAGAGGAAGGCCUUGGAAGAAGGGCUUUCUCCCGAUAGAACAAGACCCAGAUACAGUGGCCUCACCACUGUGGUCUGAUAAUUAAUCAUGGAAAAUAAUCUCCCCUUUGAUCCGAACAUAUGUAAUUUUUAUGGUUUUUUUUUCUUUUUUCUUUUUUUAAAUCUAAAUUUUACGCUGGGUAAUACAGACCCCAAUAGGAGUGUAGACUGUAGAGAGGGUUGUUUCAUGUAUACCUUUUACAUGGAAAUAUUUUGUUCCAA